AUGGCUGCCUCCAGUUGCGAAAGCAGUCUAGCCCCUGUUGAUUUCUUGUUACCAACAUCUUUUGAAAGUUCUGAUAGUCUGACCGUAGCUGUUGAACGCUGUCCACUCUGUACAACAUCUAGGAGACCAUUUUACUGCUCAGGUUGCGUCAACAAAGGCAGUUUCGUGCAUUCAUCGUCGAAUUUGCAAGAGAGUUUCCAUGCAAGAGAAGAUAAGUGGAGGACUAAGAAGAAGGAGUGCAGCGAACUUCAAGAAAGAAUAAAGCUAAGAGUUGCCAAGAAACAUCAAAGAGACUUGAAGAGAUCAGAAAUCGAGGAGUGCAAGAGGAAAAUCGAGCUGCUGAAAUCUUCCAUCGAGCUGUUAAAAAGAAAAACUGAGGAUGACCAGAAAGUUUUAGAGAGGCGGAAGGUGAAGAAUGGAAAGGGGGAAAAGGACUCUCUGCGUCAUCAGGACAAGAUGACGAGGCUGAGGCGGUACGUUGACGCAGCACAGAGCGCCAUGGGGAAGAAACAUGUCAGCCUCACCACUGACGUGAGGAGCUUAAAGAACUACCGCAGGUUCCAUGUGGACAUCUUGGUGCAGUGUAUCUUCUCUGUCAAGGAGAUUCAGCCUCGGAGUGAGACAGAGAACCUGGCUAUGAGCACAGUGAGUGCCUUGAAAGAGGCAUGCCAGACUACAUUUGUGAGGGGCCACUGGGUGUACACAGACAAUGGUGGAGACACUGGACACAGGAUUGUGGAACCCUCCCUGCCAGGAAAUGGAGACUACUCAGCUUACAAUGUGUGGGUGUCUGAGAACAAAGAGAAUGGUGCAGCUCCCGAGAAGGAGGCAGGACAUCGAAAUCCCGGACACACAAUAAGUGCUGCGCUCUGUUACACAACACAGCUGGUGUCUGUCAUAGCACACAUCCUGGACGUGUGUCUUCCCCGGAGGUUAUGCUACAGCGAGUUCUGUCUGUCUGAUCUCUCCGAGAGGCAGCUCACCAGUGCUGUAUCACGACUCAAUCAUAACGUCCUUCACCUCUGCUUCUCUCAGAACGUCAACCCGGCUGUUCUCAUACCAAGGCACACUCUCCACAAUGUGGUUAUGCUGUUGAAAUGUCCAGAUUUUGGCAGAAUCUGUGCAUUUGAAGUGAACGAGAGCAUGAUUCAGUCAAUAUCUGACAGCAAUACUUCGGAGGAGAGUGAUGAGGAGCAUUUUGUAUCUGAGGAUGAGGUAGACAUUGGUAUAGACUGGGAACGUGUGCCCCACGACCUCGAGGUCCCAACCCGAGCUGGUCUUGGGACGACCUCAACUGUGUAUACAAUGGCAUAUUCGAGUCAGAUGAACACAAACACAACACACUCAACAGCUGGGAGUCUAAUGUCAUCAGCUGCUGCCUCAGUCGCAUCAAUAUGGAGAGCUGCUACCAGCCAGUUUGAGCGUAGAUGACACAAAUCAUGCUUUUAAUUUCUGUUAAAACCAACAUAAACAUCUGUGGAGGAUGAACAUUUGACAGUUUCAUCAGAGGCUUACUUUUACGGUGAUCAGAUUACACGUUUCAUGGGAACUCCGAUAGAACUGGUACAAGCAUCCUAUGCAGGAAGUAGAGGUAGACGACUUGACUGAUUAGUUGAACAGACUCUGUGACAUGAUGAAAAGUUAUCACAUGGUUCACUGCUCACAGUCACCAGAUUGUCAUGUCCAGGUGUGGUUAUCUACAGGCCAUUGUUGUAUAGCUGGAAUAUUCCUGAUU